AUGCCCGCCAACGCACCAACACUGGGGAACUUUGACAGAGAUCCUCGCGUUCACAUUGAUAAAGUUACUGGAAAGUAUCAGUAUGAAGAUGCGGACUCUGGCACCGAAUUCGAAUGGACAGGUAACGACAGCUUGAUCCGCGCUCAGCAACAGGCUUAUUCGGUCGCAGGCGUUGACGAAAAUACCCCCGCAGCACCCGUACUGGCAAGAGAAGACCGAAUCAAGAAGCGAAAAGCUGGAGAAAAGGAGCAGCCUUCGAAAACUCCCAAACCUCUCAAUCAAUCCGGUCCAAAGAACACGGCGGUGUGGGUAUCCAACCUCCCUCCAGAUGCAACGCCUGAGCAGCUGGCCGCCGUUUUCUCAAAGGCCGGGGUGUUGCUUAUCGGUGACGACGGUGAGCCGCGUAUCAAGCUUUACUAUGAUGAUAGCGGCAAGUUCAAGGGAGAGGCCCUUGUCAUGUACUUCAAAGAGGGAAGCGUCGACCUUGCUAUUACUCUGUUGGAUGACACCGAACUCGAGUUUGGGGCAGGGUGCGGCAAUAUGCGUGUUCGAGCAGCAGAGUACCAGCACUCCAAAUCCAACAACGAUAAGAGACCUGAGAACCGACCGCAGCAACCUCCGCAGCCUACAGAAAAGAAGAAGCUCACCGCUGAGGAGAAGCAGAGGAUGUCUAAACGGAUGAGAACACUAGAAGAGUGCGUAUUCCGUCGCUGCCAGUCGCUCAUUACGCUCAGCAAGCUCGCAUGGCACUCUGAUGAGGAUGAGGACCCCAUCGGCUCCUCUGCCAGACAACCUGGGAAGGUUUUGCCCUUCAAUCGUGUCGUUGUCCUCAAAGGAAUGUUCCGUCCAGAAGAUAUCAAGAAGGAGCCAGAGCUUCUUCUUGAGCUGAAAGACGAUGUCCGGGAGGAGGCAGAAUCUCUGGGCGUGGUGACGUCCGUCAUCCUUUACGAUAAAGAGCCUGAAGGUGUCAUCACAAUCAAGUUCAAGGACUCCACUGCAGCGCAGGCCUGUCUGCUGAAAAUGAAUGGUCGCUACUUUGAUGGACGAAAAGUGAGACGUUCUCCAGAGGGGGUAGCUAAUAUUUUGAUCACAGCAACCUUGUUCACGGGCAAGGAACGAUAUCGGAGAUCAGGCGGUAAAUUCGAAGAAGACGAUGGGCUAGAGGAGAAUCAAAGGCUUGAUAACUUUGCAGACUGGCUGCUAAAGGAUAGCGACAAGGAGUGA